AUGGUGGACUUGCUCUUUGUUAGUUGCAGCUGAAGUUCUGCUAUUUUUAACUCUGUUUCUCUUAGAAUCCAAGAAAAAAACUACGCAAAACAAGAAAUAACUAUCAAAAGGUGGAAUAUAGGAUUAUUUCUGUUGACAUUGGUCAAUUGUGCAAGACAAAAUGCUUCCUUCAGUAGGUGUUGUUGAUGCUGGAGAAAAUGCUCGUGAGCUGAUAUCCUCACUUCGAAGUUCAGGUUUCUCGGUAACUGGUGUUUGGGGAAGUACUCAGCAUCAAGCACAAGUCAUGGCACAUAAAUACGACGUUCCUUACGCGACRUCGAAGAUAGACGAGCUACUAUUAAAAGAAGACGUCGACCUUCUUGUUGUUCUGUGCCCUCCACAUCAAAGAGCAGAAGUUGCAGUCAAAGCUCUGUCGAUUGGAAAACAUGUACUUUGCGAGGCACCAGCUGGGCUUAGCAAAGAUGAAGCCGACAGAAUGGUAAAUGCGGCUCAAUAUUAUCCAAAAUUGCUUUCUCUCAUYAAACACGAGCUUAGGUUUGUACCCACUUUUGUCAAAAUGAAACGACUACUCGAGGAGGGGUACUGUGGGGAUAUUCUUGUCAUAGAAUGUCGACUAGAAAUGGGAUCUUUGAUUGGAAGUAAUUACAAUUGGAUGUGUGACCAAGCAAUGGGGGGAGGUGUCCUUGCCAAAUAUGGAUCACAUAUUGUUGACCUAGUGUCAUUUUUAACCAAUCAGCAAGCAGAGUCCGUAAAUGGAACUUUGAAGACAUUCAUUUCCCAGACUGAUAACAUCUCAAGCUUUCGGCACAUUACUAGUGAUGACUAUUGUGCAUUUCAAAUGAAGCUUACAGGCGGCAUAUUUGUGACRGUAACACUAAGCACACAUAUGUCYGGUCAAUACAGUCAGUUCAUAUCUGUUCUUGGAACCGAGGGGCGUCUUAUUACGCGCAAUGAUAACUUGCAUGGCCAGAAAAAUGGUGGUAAAGAAGUACUUCUCUAUGCUACCACCCGUGUUAUUCCUUCCAUUGAAAAGAGCAACACUCCAGAGAUCUUUCUUAUUGGUCUUGAAGCUUGGGUGCGUGAAAUCAAAAGAGCUUUUGAGGAGUCACUCGAUAAAGAUGAUCGGCGAAAUGCAGAUUUGCAAGCCAUUGCUAGUGCAGCAUCAUUUGAAGAUGGUGUUUACACAAGAACUGUCCUGGACUGCAUCAAACAAUCCAGCAAAACAGAGCAAUGGGUAAAAGUGCAGUCAUUUUCAAAGAUUAACAAGAAAAAACCAUCAGAUAACACUAAGCAAGACAGAAAAAUCUCUCUUAAUAUAACCACAGAGACCAAGGAAGGAAAAGAACAUAUAUCAUCACCCUURAAACGAUCUCAGACACAAAAAUCUCUCUAAAAGACUAAAACACAUGCUGAAACAAAGUCAUCUUGACUCAGGUCAUUAGCAGCCAAUGCAUUAUUGUUAAAUUUCUUUUUUUUUUUUUCUAAUAGUUUUAAAAUACAGUGACAAUUCUGUUUGUCAAAAAUCAAAUAAAUGGUAAGGCGAYCCAUAUAGGGUGUAAAGGUGCUUCCAUUUAAGGCAUGAAUAACCAUACAAGGAAUAGUGGGCACUUGAUUGAUUGUCAGAUAUUAAUAAUAUAAUAUAAAAUACCAAUUAAUUGUUUGAAUUGAUUGAUUGCUUGUCAAAGUUUUUUCGCAGUUGAGAGUCCUAUUCAACUCAAGUAGGUGUCAGCAAGGUAAAAGUACAACUGCUGAGAGGUUUAAAUCUCUUUUAUUUCUUGCUUUAUCACUUCUAACUACCAUUAWAACUACUCAAAUUGUUUUAA